AGUUGUGUCCCGCGCGUUCUCGCGCGCCAGUCAGUCGUCGGUCCCAGACGGACACGUGCCCCAGCCUAGCUGCUUCGUGGCCCAGACAAGCGCUGGAUAACGGCAAGGACGUCGACGACGAAGAGCUCGCUACGUCAGUUCCGGUCGCCUAUUUAUUUGUAUUCCUACCAACCUUCACUCACCUUUGCACACAAAAACAGUUUUGCGUUCUUGUUAGUUUUUUUGUUUUUUUUUCUCCUUUCGUCCGACACGUCCUUCUUGUUGAGUGAUUUGGCCGCUUUGUCUGCGCUGGGUGACACCGGAGAGACGGCAGGUAAAGCUGGGACAGUCCCUUGCUCUUAAGUCUUAGCUCUCAGAAGCCCGUAUCACGGAGCGAGGGAUAGUUUUCCUGGUAAACAGGUAUCCUUAGCUUAACUGGACUUCUUUCGCUGGUCAAAUUUCGACAAGGAUUACAAUAUAACGCUCCUGUCUUCAUGUAUGCAAUUUUAAGCUCGUCCCAGACAAAUGGACAUGGAUUCCAGAUAAUAUGAGAUAAGACCGGUUGCUCUGCUUGCAAGCCUGUGUUUUUGUUUAGUUUUUGCUUCACAGGUAAAGUUCCUGACGCUAGAGAGAAUGAUAGCUAUAUUUUACGCUUAGGAAGCUUACAAAACGCAGUCAAAUCUAAAAACUAAGGAGCGAGCUUUUUUUUUUUUCCUUUUUCUUAGGCAACCACGUUGGGCAAUUCGUUGUUUUCUCAAAGAAAAUACUUCAUCCGAGGAUAAGGGACGUUCCCAACGGCACCGAUUAAUCUGUGAGUGGUGUUGCUAAGAUAUUUCAGCACUAGUUCUCAGGGUACGUGUAAGUGUCUUUAAUUUUUUUAUCACCAGGCCACAAGGCAGAACUUGUACCCUUCUUAGUAUAGGACUGGAGUCAGUUCCAUACCCGACAUCUUUCAAAUAUAUCACUCACGCACCAUAGCGAACGUCAAGAGACAGUGGCAGCCAUCUGCAACUUUGUCAACGGACACGGAGUACCAGCUCUAGCUAUGGCGAUCCUUUGGCCCUGACACAAGCUGUCACUGCCAUGAUGCGUACCAGACCGCCGGCGAUGCUGGGGUCAAGCCUGCUGAACGCCGACAACGUCACGCUACGUUGGGGAGACACCCAGACCGACGACACGUCCCAGUCAGAGACCGCGAAUGCGGUGCAAGACAAUGGGUCCUGGAACGCGAGCGAUUACGAUCUCUACUCGAUUCCGUCAGACCUCUGGAUGCGCUACUCGCCGGGCAUCGUGGCUGUGUUCUGCCUCGCCUACUCGGUGGUGUUUGUGAUGGGUUUGCUGGGAAACAGCUUUGUCGUGGCGGUGGUGGCCAGGUCGCCACGGAUGAGAACGGUGACCAACUACUUCAUCGUUAACCUGGCCAUGGCCGACAUUCUCGUGGUGGUGUUCUGCAUACCGGCCACGCUCGUCAGCAACAUAUUCGUUCCUUGGGUACUUGGAUGGUUCAUGUGCAAGACGAUGUCGUAUCUUCAAGGUGUUGCUGUCAGUGCCUCUAUCAACACACUCGUCGCAAUUUCAAUGGACAGGUGCCUGGCCAUCUGCUACCCGCUCAAGUGCCAGCUUUCGACGCGCAGCGUACGCAAGAUCCUCGUGAUCAUUUGGACUUUUUCAAUCGCCAUCACAUUUCCCUGGGCACUAUACUUCACGUUGCAGCCACUACACCCCAGUAUCCCGGGCAUCAGCCUGUGCGUGGAGCAGUGGCCAGACGAGACAUCGUCCACCCUCUACUUCAUACUCGCCCACCUGGUUCUCUGCUACCUGUUUCCCUUGCUUCUCAUCAUCGUCUGCUAUUCCUGCAUCUGGGUCAAGGUCUGGCGCCGCAGCAUCCCCGGGGAGUCCAAGCACACCGAAAUCAUGGUGCAGAAGUCUAAGCUCAAAGUGGUCAAGAUGAUGUUUGUGGUGGUUGUCAUUUUUGUGAUCUCCUGGUUACCGCUCUACAUAAUUUUUACGAGGAUCAAGCUGGACAGCCCACCCGAAGAAGGCAGCGUCGAGUGGAACCUCAUGCUGAUUCUGACACCGGUGGCGCAAUGGCUGGGCGCGUCCAACAGUUGCAUCAAUCCGGUGUUGUACGCCUACUUCAACCAGAAGUUUCGCAAGGGCUUUCUGGCCAUCAUCAAGAGCAGGUCUUGUUGCGGAACGCUGCGGGAGCCCAGCUACUCUGUCCGGGGUACCACGCUGCGCUCUGGAAAUACCCGCGGGCUUUCAAGGUCCGAAAAUCUGGAGUAUGUAGAGCAUCCAAGGGCCCACUCGAAAGCAGGUACUUUGCUAAUCAACGGUGGUCCCGAUGCUCAAGCAACCAACGUUAAAGCCCCCCUGGUAGCCUAAACUGUAUCUCGGUAGUCAUUUCCUGUCGUGCUAGCUUUCUACGGGCACCACAGCCUUUUAUGACGCCUGUAAUUGUACAAAUAGAACGUGAAAGGAACUCUUCGUAGUGGAAAAGACAGCCAUGGAGUGUGUCUGUGCGAGUCUGCAUUAACUGUUAUCUAUUGUUUUGUACUUACCCCCUGAACUGUGUGUCACGAAUGUAUGCCUUUCAACAUGAGAUUAAUAAAAAAGGAAGUAUGCUCAUC